AUGGAGAGCUUGACCCACGAGAAGAAGUAUGAGGGCACCGGGGGAGACGAGUUGAACUUCAAACCACGGGUUCAGCUCGACGGGUUCGACUUCGGUGCUGAUGAUCCUUUGGUUCAUCGUGGGGAACCGAGCAAGGAAGGCGACAAGCAGAAGCCUGCCUCUUGGGAUCGCACACGAGUUGCUGCUGUGCUGACUGAGCAUCUCAAUGCUACGUUGAAAGCAAAGAACAGCCUUGCAAGCUUUCUCGACAAGAUGAGAGCGGCAGCUGCGGGUGACAAGAGCUGUGAUGCGACUGUUGUCUGCAAGAAAUACAGAAAGCACCGGACCAUCCGCAAGCUCGACGAUAUGAGCAGGGAGUUUGAGACGGUUUACGAGGACAUGGCUGAUAUCAAGGCUGAAGGUCGGAUCAAUGGCUUUUCGGAGAAGAUGACCAGUGACUGUCACGAGCUCUUCAAGAAGACUACAAAGCUGCAGCAGCUGAGCAAGCUGCGCAAGGCCAAGGCCGCGAAGAAAAAUCCCGAGGACACCCAGUGUUCAGAAGAUGACCGCUACAUCGGGGAGAAUGUCUAUGUCUUCGUGAGAAAGUACGGCAAAGGGGGCAAGCCAGACCUGGAUGUGCGGGUUAUCACAGAAGAUUCAACUGCUGGUAAAAUCCUUUGGCACUGCCUGGAUACCGUCAGGGCUAUUCAAAAGGAGAACGGGGGUCAGCAAUUGUGCGUCUUCAAGAUAGGGCUCACUGCCAACCCAACGAAACGGAGGGAGAGUUACCGUCAGCAGAACUUCAAAAGCUUCGUCAUCAUCCACCAGACCUAUCGCUCCGAUCUUCUGGGUAUGUUGGAAAUGUUGGAGGCUGCUGUCAUUGCAGAGUUUUACGACAAUGGUUACCGAUGCCGAAAUCGACAACUGGGCGGUGAAAGUAUGCGUGAUAGAAACCAAGUCCCGGCGAAAGACAUCGUCCUGGAUGCCAGGACCGCGGCGAAGACGGACUCCUGCCCCGUGUUAGCAAGCAUCGCGAGAGUGAAAGAAUCCAGCGCGGACGCUCCACUCUUCAAGAUUUUCAGGGAGCACAUGUUGGCACUGCCGGCGCCUAUCUCUUUUAAGAAGGUUGCGACCCUGGAACAGUACCCGUAUUUGGACCCACGACCUUUUCUUGAAACUUUGAGCGGGAAUGGAUUUUUUCACAAAGUGCUUGGGGUGCCGGUCCAGUCGGCUGAAGCAUGUAUGUUAUCUUUCUGGGAGAAAUUUCGAGAAGUGCAUCCCAAUCACGGGAUAUUUUCACAAUACAUUCCUCUGGGUAACCUCAUUCCGUACUACCUUCAUGGAGAUGGUGGUCGCGGUUACAAAAAGGAUCCGAUCGAAAUCUUAUCAAUGUUCCCUGCCCUUGGAGCAGGAUCCAGGUCGAACCCUGUAGAUUUGAGUGGCAAGCGAAAGGCUGAUGACUUGACUCUGGGCAUCAAUCUUCGAGGGAACUCUGGCACAACAAGGUUUUUGUUCGCAGUUCUCAGCAGCCUUGUCUACAAGCGCCAUCCAGGAGCUCUCGAUGCGCUUUUGGAUUUGUGGGGUCAGAAGUUGCAAAGCCUUUUCAGCGACGGAUUUCAGGCCAUGGGGACUACGUGGUAUAUUGCGAUUAUUGGAUUCACUGGAGAUUCUCCAUUUGUCAAGAAAAUCGGUCACAUGAACCGAAGUUUCCACAAUGUUCGCAAGCGGGCUUCGUCUAGGACUAAGGCUUCGCAAACUGGCUGCUGCUGGCUAUGCAUGGCAGGAACCGAAAACGAAACCGAGAAUUACCCGUUCGAACACAUCGGGUUCUUCGAUCCACUUUGGCUACAGACACGAAGACAAAACAAUCGAGUGCCUUGGCAGGGCAACGGCGGCCCCCUGCUGUCGUACAUGCAACUGGAUCCUGACGACACCCCGUCAGCCUGGUAUCGAGCUGAUCUGUUCCAUGUGUUUCAUGCGGGCGUCGGACAAGAUUUUACGGCUUCUGCAAUCACCUACAGCAUGCGGAUGUUGUUCAACCUAGGUGGCUUCGACCGAGACCUCGCAGCCUUGAAUCGGCUCCUUGCUACAUUCAUGACAUCACAGAAGAAACGCUUGCACUGCGGUUUUUUGUCGAAAGACCUGUUAGGCUACAGCUCCACUCGUGAGUUUCCUGAAGGGAAAUGGUCGAAAAACAGUGACACUGCCGUGGUGAUGCAGUUCUUGGUUUUUUUUUUGCAGCAGGAAGAGUUCGUGGGCAAAGUGCGAAGCGAUCCAAUCUUGAAUGAAAUCUUGGAGGCGGCUCUUGCUAUGGGGCGAGCGAUUCGCCAAUGCUUCCGAGCCGACUACUGGAUGUCAUCAGACGAUUGCAUCGAAGUCAUCCAGAAUGGCCACGCUUUCUUGUGCGGAUAUUCCAAUCUUUCAAGCAUGUGCUACGAGCAGAAGUUGUGCUUGUUCAAGAACAGACCGAAGAUCCACUAUCUCAACCAUAUUUUCUUACGGGUCUACGAUGAAUGGACAACAGGCGGGAUAGCUGUCAAUCCCGUCGCCGAAGCAACCUUUAUGUCUGAAGACUUUGUUGGGCACACUGCCCGCAUAUCUCGAAGAGUGGAUCCCAGGGCAAUCGCUUUGAAGGUACUUCAGCGGUAUCUGUGUUGGGCUCAACACGUUCUUGACAAGGAUGCUCUGCUAAUGCUCGAGCUUUCCUGGCUCGACUAG